AUGCUGUCUCCAUUUGCGCCUCCCUCGCCAUUCGAGCCGCCAUCUCUGCUCUACCUCUUCCUGCUCUCCCCACCAAAGUUCCUGCUCAGGACUCUGCACCGCUUAAUCUCUCUCUUCCGCUCAUCGCCCUCACUACCACAGAAUUUGCUGCCCAUAAAGGUCGUCUGUCUCUCGGAUACACAUUGCCAGAUCCCCGCUGUGGUUCCUGAUGGCGAUCUCUUGAUUCACGCUGGCGACCUCACUCAAGCCGGCACACCCAAAGAACUUCAAGCACAACUAGACUGGCUAAACUCUCUUCCUCACACCCAUAAAGUCGUGAUAGCAGGGAAUCAUGACACUUACCUCGACCCUCGAUCACGCAAAACCUUACCAGCAGAAGACAUCGCCAACGCAAAUCUGAAUUGGGGAAACUUACACUAUCUCCAGCAUUCAAGCACAACUCUCACAUUCCCAAACCAUCGAAACCGGAAGUUGGAGAUUUAUGGUGCGCCCCAGAUCCCGCUUGUGGAGGUGAGGAGUUUGCGUUUCAGUAUCCUAGAGGGUGUUGAUGUGCUGGUAACGCAUACACCGCCAAAACACCAUAUGGAUCUGUAUGGUCUGGGGUGUGAGCAUUUGCUGGCUGAAGUUCGGCGGGUUAAGCCACGGUUGAAUGUGUUUGGGCAUGUGCAUGGUGGACGAGGCAAGGAAGUAGUGUAUUGGGAUGAUGCACAGAAGGCUUUUGAGGAUGGGUGUAGCAGACCGGAUGGGCUGGUCAGGGGUAUGGUGGAUUUGUGGCUGUGGAUGGAUGUGGUAAAGGUCGUUUGGCAUGGUGUGUCGAAUGUUGUUUGGGACCGGGUUUGGGGUGGUGAGGGAAGGGCUACGAGGAUGGUUAAUGCUAGUGUCAUGUAUAUCAAUACUGGCCAGCUGAAGAACAUGCCGCAGGUGGUCGAGAUUUAA